GCGUGUGCGAUCGUGUUAAAAUGUAUUCUUCAACUCUUUUGCCGAUGUUAACAUAUAGUGGCUGCGGUAUAGGAGCUGCGGAGGCCGAAAACGGUUCGCCAGCAGGAUCAUUGUUGUCUGGUGAAGGAGAGCUUGCGGAAGAAGCUGGCGAUUCACCCGGAACAUCAAGGGACACUGAAGAGGAGGCUACGCUUUCUGACGAGUUUUAUUCUCACGACACAGAUGAGGAAGAGGAACAAAGCAAAAGGCGGCGGGAUCGAUCCAGCUCCCUAGAUGGCAUCUCGUCUUCUGGCAGUGGUCACUUGGGAUCACCUACACCCCGCAUAGGUAACUUAGGAGUUAGAAAAUUAUUCACUAACAGUCGUGAAAGAUGGAGGCAGCAGAAUGUAAGCGGUGCCUUUGCCGAACUUCGCAAAUUAGUACCGACUCAUCCACCUGACAAGAAAUUGUCGAAAAAUGAGAUAUUAAGGAUGGCAAUAAGAUACAUAAGGUUGUUAAGUAAUGUUCUCGAAUGGCAAAAGAGUCAAGACCGUAAUGGAGUGCAGCAACAUGACGUGCGCAUCAAAUGCGAAUCACAUUUGAACAGCCAAAAUUCUGCCACGUACCACGUGAAGCCGGCGCUAACAUUUCUGAAGCAAGAGAAACUGAGCUCUUCGGAAAAUUCUCACAUCUUCCGUGUCAAUUAUUCCACGCAGAGGCACAACUCGCAUGCAUGUGACAAGAAUAGCAGUAAUUUGCUGAUGAUCGCUCCGAGUGGACUCAACGCAACUAUUUCCACCGGAAAACGCUGCGUUACACCCUCCAUCGUCGUUACUCAAGGCAACUUCCAUAGAUUCGUAAAAAUGGACGGCAGCUAA